UAUUAUUUUUGUUUUAUUAUUUACAUACACACACACCAACCAAGCACCCAACCAACACACGCGGCCCAAGAAUCCGAAGGCGGUGGGGUUAUUUGUAUAAUGAAGAAUUAUGGGGCUGUUUGACCGAGGUGUUCAGAUGCUUUUAACCACCGUUGGUGCUUUCGCUGCCUUCAGCCUCAUGACCAUAGCUGUGGGGACCGACUACUGGCUUUACUCCAGAGGGGUUUGCAAGAUGAAAGGGACCGGCGAGAAUGAAACCAGCAAAAAGAACGAAGAAGUCAUGACCCAUUCGGGAUUAUGGAGGACCUGCUGCCUGGAAGGGAAUUUUAAAGGUCUGUGUAAGCAAAUCGAUCACUUCCUCGAGGACACAGAGUAUGAAGCCGACACAGCAGAAUAUUUCCUCCGGGCUGUAAGGGCCUCUAGUAUUUUUCCGAUCCUGAGUGUGAUUCUGCUUUUCAUGGGUGGACUCUGCAUUGCAGCCAGCGAGUUCUACAAAACCCGACAUAACAUCAUCCUUAGUGCCGGCAUCUUCUUCGUGUCUGCAGGUCUGAGUAAUAUAAUUGGCAUCAUUGUGUACAUAUCAGCCAAUGCUGGAGACCCCUCGAAAAGUGACUCCAAGAAGAACAGUUACUCUUACGGCUGGUCCUUCUACUUCGGAGCCCUGUCCUUCAUUAUAGCUGAGAUGGUGGGAGUGCUGGCCGUACACAUGUUUAUUGACCGGCACAAACAGCUGCGUGCCAGUGCUCAUGCCACGGACUACCUCCAGUCCUCUGCCAUCACCCGCAUACCCAGCUACCGCUACCGCUAUCAGAGACGCAGUCGCUCCAGUUCCCGUUCCACUGAGCCUUCACACUCCAGGGAUGCCUCUCCCGUCGGGAUCAAAGGGUUCAACACCCUCCCAUCCACAGAGAUCUCGAUGUAUACCCUGACCAGGGACCCCAUGAAGGCUGCCACUACCCCCACCGCCACCUACAAUUCAGACAGGGAUAACAGCUUCCUCCAAGUUCACAACUGUAUCCAAAAAGAAAACAAGGACUCUAUCCACACUAACACAGCCAACCGCCGGACCACCCCUGUAUGAAGCCGUCGAGAGGGGGCUGAAAAUGGGGGGGA